GAUCUCUCUUUCUUCUCUAUUGCUCUCCAUCUCCAUCUACUUGGUUUCUUGUGGGAGAAGCAAUAAUGGAUAAAAUCCACAAGUUAUUGAACAUAGUAAUCCCCCCAGUUACACUCAUUUUUAUCAUCUUCUUUCUGCCACCAUUUCUGAUCUACAAGUUCCUUCACUCAAUAAAAAGAUCGAAAUGCAUAGAAAACGUGGCAGGAAAAGUUGUCCUCAUCACCGGUGCAUCUUCUGGUAUUGGUGAGCAUCUGGCUUAUGAGUAUGCUAGAAGAGGAGCUCGACUAGCUCUGGCAGCGAGAAGAGAGGACCGCCUUAAGAAAGUAGCUGAUAAAGCACUUGAGCUGGGGUCCCCAGAUGCCAUUGUCAUCUCUGCUGAUGUUUCAAAAGUUGAAGAUUGUGAGAGAAUAGUUGAAGAGACAGUGAACCACUUUGGCCAAUUAAACCAUUUGGUGAACAAUGCUGGAGUUCUACAUAUUAGCUUGUUUGAAGAUUUCACCCAAUUCUCUGAUAUCCGUUCUAUUAUGGACACAAAUUUCUUGGGUUCAGUGUAUUGCACGUAUUUUGCGGUUCCACAUUUAAGAAAAGCAAGCAAAGGGAAGAUUAUUGUGCUUUCUUCAUCUGCAGGUUGGAUUACUUCACCAAGAAUGAGCAUCUACUGUGCAAGCAAGGCAGCUCAAACUUCCUUUUUUGAGACAUUGAAGGCAGAAUUAGGACGUGAUAUUGGAAUAACAAUUGUAACUCCUGGUCUAAUUGAAUCGGAAAUGACAAGUUCACAAGUUAUAUCAAAGGGUCGACUGGACAAUCUUCCACUUCAGUCAGUAGAAUGGUGCACAAAGUCGAUUGUGGAUAGCGCUUGCAGAGGAGAUUUGUACUUGACAGAGCCAUCUUGGUUCAGGGUGGGAUUCUGGUUGAAGGUAUUCUUUCCUGAGUUUUUGAUGGAUUAUAUGCACUUUAUGAUGAUCAGCAGGCCAUGGACUUCAAACAAAGAUGCCUAGAACAAGCCGGCAUAUGCAUAUAAAAGCUCUUGAUUAUGUUCCCAAAAUUAGACUUGGUUUGGACUUCAAGCAUUUUGUAACUCAUCUUAUUCUUAAACUAAGAAUAUUUUGUAAUCCAUGGUGAGUAAAACCCCAUAUGUCAUUUGUACAUUGGAAUUAUAAUUGACAAAAGAUUUAUUUUAUAUAUAUAAAUGGUGGAGUUACAUAUA